AUGUUACGUAUAACCGUCGAUAAUCAUAAAAGUUGUUUGAGAGUACUAUUGGGACCAACAGGAGGUUUUAUAAAAGUGUCUUGGCAAUAUGUAUGUCCUAUUGUUAUAUCGGUAAGUGAUAUAGUAAUUUUCAGUAAUGUUGGUGAAUACUAAAGUAGUUUACAAUUACAUUAGUGAAAACUAUAGUAAUUUACUAUUAUAUUGGAUAUAUUUUUAACUUUUUUAAAACACUGUCUUUAUGCUCUUGUGUAAUACAAUCUCCAUUUUAGUUAGCCUUGUUGAUGGACCUACUCGAGACCCCAAAAAACCGCUCAGUAAUGGCAGGUGACUCUCACCUAUGGCAUAUCUUGUCUGUUAUUACUAUUCUACCUCUGCCUACCAUGGUCAUAUACUAUCUUUUCAAAAAGGACAAAAACGCUUUUAAAUCAGAAGGUUGGAGGAAGAUACCUAUUCCAGUGGACAAUAACAAUAUCAAUAAUAUUGAUAAUGUUGAAGAAGGUCAAGAUGAAUGGCUUGAAAAUUACAAAUCUAAUAGGACUAGGAAGGAUACUACUGUUAAUCAAAAUAUUGUAGCUUUACCGUGCAGUAGCUUUGUACAAACAGAGUUUUCGUGUAGUGGGUAGGUUAAUAUUAUUACAUAUAAUAAUCAUUUAAAGUAUUGUAGUAUAGUACGCAUAAAAAACUUAUUUUUUAAUUUUUGGUUUACUGCUUGAGUCAAAUGUAUUAACAGUUACAAUAUUAUACUUACAAUGUAUGUUUACUUUGACUUUUUACAGAGCUGGUUACUUUGAGUUACUCCAACCUACAUCUAGACAAAAUGAUGACUUUGAAGAGGCUACUACAGCUACUGUACAUGAUGAAGGUAAUGAAAGACGAAGUUUGUUAAGUGUUCAUUACAGUGGUAAAAGUGGAAGUAACAGUAGCAUUAACUCUGUUAGCCUUUGUAAUUUGACUGGCCAACCUACGUUUUUAUAA